GUUACACGAGGGGUGCCUCGGGGACGUCCUCCCCCUCUCCCUCCCCGUUAAGCUGCUCGGGACGGCCCCGCAGGGAACGCGGCAGCGCCAUCAGCAAGAAGCUCACGAAUCUUAAGGUGGAGCAGGAGAGCUCCAUGUGCCAGUCGACCUCGGCGUGCGUGAGGAUGAGGCGGCAGCUGGCCAAGUACAAGAGCGACCUGAUCGAGUGGGAACGCGAGCACCGGCAGCUGGCGGACGACCUGCGCAGGAUGAGGCGGCUCAACGAGGAGAUGGAGCGCCUUCUGCGCUGGGAGCGGGAGGACGUGGAGCGGCUGCAGCAGGAGGGCAUCAACAAGACCCAGCAGCUGCGGGCGGCCAGGAGGACGCUGAUCGAGGUCUGCUCGUCGCAGGACACCUUCGACGCGCUCAACCACGGCGACUUCACGCAGGACGAGGCCGAGGACUGGAUGGUCAAGUGCCGCGAGACCUUCCCGGACGUCGACACCGUCCGCAAGUCUGUCAAGGUCCGCACGGCCACGUCGAAGGCGGUGACCCAGAUGUUCCGCGAGACGAAGAACUGCUCGACCUUCCCCCUCACACCGGCGGAGGAGCGCUACAGCGACAUCAUCUCCCUCGCGGACAUCUUCCCCGACCACAACGCCGACCACGCCAACAGCCUCACCGAUCCCGACCCUUCGGCUGAGGAGAGCGUGUCCGAAUGCCUGACCUUGCCGCAGGAGAGCGUGUCCGAUUCCCUGGCCGACGAGGUCGUGAGCGAACCGAUUCCCGUGGCUGACGAUUUCCUGUUCGAGGUCGUCCGCGUCGAGAGCAGCGAGGCCGAUUUGGUGCCGAUGACGGACGGAGAGGACGCUGACGGCGGCGAAGGCGCGCAAGAAGACAGCACCAUUCUGCAGAAAAUCCGUCAUAUAAAGUUUACGGCGACCGUGGAUCUGACUGCCGAGAAUCUGAGCCUGCUGAGGGAGCCAGUGAGGGCCAUGCUGGAAGCUGGGGAGGUGUAUGUCGUGCAGGAAGGCCAGAGGUGCAUGCGGUCGGCCAAACUCUCGCUGAGGGAAGACAUGAUCUGCCUGCACCACCUUCAGGAGAAGCAUCCGCCGGCGCUGGCUCGGACGAUUCCGUAUUGCGAGGUGCAGGCCAUGCUUGACUACACGUACGCCCUGACCUUCCUGGAGCUGGCGUGGCCCGGGUCGCCGCCGCGGAGGGUGUACAUCCGGCUGAGCCCCGACUCAGGCCGGGGACGCCAGUUCGUGAUGCUGUGCUCGGGCGAGAGGGGCCACUCCUACGCCAACACCAACUUCCUGAGGGUGAAGAACAAGGGCCUGCGGGGCGAGUGCCUUCAGGGUGGCGACUACAACUUCAACUCGGGCUUGGGGGGAUACAACAUCAUCCCGGGCCUGGCGUGCAACGGCGAGUACAAGCGGCGCGACGUCACCGGGUCCGUGGGCGCCGUCUACACCAACGCCCAGAACGGCGCGCAGUUCUACAUCCGAACGCGGGGUCGCCCAGCCGUCAACCGCUUCACCGUGUUCGGACAGGUGGAAAAAGGCUUAGAAGUGGCCGCAGCUGCCAUUGCUCUGCAAGAUGUCAAGAAAGUGAUGGUGGUAGACUGUGGUGUUGUGGUUCCUCAUAUUCCGCAAUAUCCUUCCGGGGAGACAUAACGAACUGGAAAGGAUCUGAAGAAUAGCUUUGUAGACGUUUUGUAAUCUGUUGAUAGAGUUCAUUUGUUGGAAUAUAUAAUUAAGCUCUCCUCUAAGCUCAAAGUUCACAUUCCGUUGCCAGUGGAUCAUAGAGAGCUUCUGAAUCAAUUACAUAUCGAUUUUUCGCAUAUUCUUGUGUGUAUUUUGAGAGAACCAUAUAUCACUUUGUCUGUUCUUUUGUGACUGUAGACAUAAGUUUCUAUGAAGUAUGUUAAAGCUUGAAUAUAGAUUUUAAAAAGAGAAAAAACAAAUAUAUUUAUAAUAUUUUCACAUAGAUACGCGUAUACAAUCACUGUAUGGAAUAACUGUAAUAAAAUAUAUAUAUUGCA